AUGACACUUGAUCGCAAAGCCUCAUUAGGUCUAGAAAUCGAGGAGAGGAAUGCCAGUCAGAGCGAACACGAGUCUUCUAAAGCUGAUCCCUCACUUGGAGAGGCCACUUGGGGUAAAACACCCUCUGGAGUCGUCUUUCGUGUCCCUCAAACCCACUCCUUUUUACAUACACUGCUCCGCACUCUCCAUCGCUCAUCCCUUACCCGACUAACUUUCCUGUCCCUGAUCGCUCAACCCAUCAUAUUCUAUCUGCUCAGAUCACAUCCUACUAUACGCUCCAUCUUUUUCCUCGUCUACUUUGCGUUCUGGCGGGCAUGCUACGAUUGGGGUUUUGCAUGGGUUUUGAGAAAGCAGAGCGAGAAACGCUGGAUCGUGCGACAACUCAAGAGUCGCGGUUGGCUUGAUGUGGACAGCAAUUCUGGGGGAUCAAGUGGUAGGGUGUGGGCCAAGUGGUGGAAACGGGAACUGGAGAUGCAGAUGGGUGAGGGGUAUAAAUGGGAAGACGUACCUGCAGAAUUCAACGCUUGGUUGAUAUUCCGUCAAUUGGUCGACGUGGUGCUUCUCAAUGAUUUCGUAUCUUACUCUUGCUUCGCUUGGGCUCACCUCCACUUCCCACCGAAUCACUCUUGGGUGAUGCAUGGUCUUCGCUGGAUCCUAGGAUGGUCUCUCAUUUUCUUCAACCUCUGGGUCAAGGUAGAUGCUCAUCGAGUGGUCAAGGACUACGCAUGGUACUGGGGGGACGCAUUCUGGUUGAUGGUCAUGCAGAACGAUUUGGUGUUUGAUGGAGUCUACGAGAUCGCUCCUCAUCCCAUGUAUUCCGUGGGAUACGCUGGGUACUAUGGAAUUUCUAUGGUGGUCGGAUCAUACACCGUCCUCUUUGUUUCACUCGUCGCACAUGCUGCCCAAUUUGCUUUUCUUCUGUGGUUCGAAAAUCCUCAUAUCGAACGGACUUAUGGUGGUGGUAAAAAGCCUCUGGCCUCUCGGGUUCCACUGUCUUGGGGAACUGGCAGCUCGUCCAUCAGUAUGAUGUCAGAUGAUGCAGCGGGAACGUCAGAUAUUAUCAUGCGUAGGCAAGUUAGCGGAGGGUCAGAAACUCCUGGUAUCACCGAGGGCGAGUCCGAGACGGAGCCAGAGCUACCGGAGCUUCCUCCGAUUCCCGAGCGUAAUCCUGAAGUCCGUCAUCUCCGCUCGGACAGCUCCGUCAGCUUUUCUUCAGUUUCGUCCACGCCCAAACUCGGUGACAAGACUCGCCAGACUUUCAGCAGCGUACCAGGUCCGAAGCGAAGCAAGCCCGACUCGAUGCAUGAUCUGACCAAUCGUUUCUUCCGUAAGCCUGCUGUUGUGCUUUGGCAUUUGGACAUGUUCAGAGCUAGCGACUUUGCGACGGUCCUGCUACUUCUGUAUGCACUUUCCACUCUUGUUCCGGGACUAAGACCCAACAUCGCUCUCACAGCACAUUUCCUGCAUGCUCUAUCGUGGCGACUGUUCCAUUCAUUCGGGCUCGGUCUGAUGCUUCGUGCUCAGAGUAAGACCAAAUGGCUUGUUAGACAUUACCUCAAACAUUAUCAUUACCCUGGAGAUCCAGACGAUUCCACCUACCACGAAGACGCUCGAGCUAGUGUGGUGCGACGAGCGACUCAGGAGGCGUUUGGUAAUUGGCAAGUGGUGUAUAACAUCUCGCUUCUGAUGACAUAUGUAUCCUUUGCCGGUCUGGCCUGGAAAACGUACAAUCUACCUUGCGACUGGACAGUCUCCGGUACCAUGUUACGACACGUACUCGGCAUACUUCUGAUCGCUCUACACAUUUGGGCUGCCGCGUCGAGCUACGAGGUUCUGGGUGAUUUUGGAUGGUUCUAUUCGGACUUUUUCCUCAUCGAGCAAAUUCCAGCUCAACUAGCGUAUACGGGCAUUUACAGAUUCCUCAAUAAUCCAGAAAGGAGUAUGGGUGGAGCGGCGUUCUUCGGUCUUUGGUUGAUGAGUAACUCAAAGCUCGUCCUGGCGUUGGCAGUCAUCAGUCAUCUGAGUCACUGGUGGUUCCUCUCUUCAGUAGAAAAACCUCACAUGAAACGCCUAUAUGGUGAUCGUCUACGAAAAGAUGGCGGCUUGACCAAAACCCUGAAGAAUGUGGCCGGACGCACCAUCGCCACUCGGGCGGACAAACAUGCGCCGGAGCUGUCGCGCUACGUGAGAGAGGUGAAGGGGAAUAUCGAAAAAGUCGAAGAGAAGGUGACUGAAGCGGUGGAAGAGUUCCUCGAUCAUGCUCGACCGAUGUUCUCAGAUAUGGUAAAUGAUACAAGAUUCUUGUUACAGCAGAGUAGAGAGAGAAUGAUCAUCACCCGAGUCGCCUCGGAUAUCUCAGCAUACGACACUUCACACUAUUCCCUUCAUCUGCCAUCUCGUUCUGACUCUCCAAUACCGCGAUUCCACGUCGGUCAGCCUAUCCCCGUAUCGUGGCGUGCCCCAUUAAAUCACAGUAAGAAAGACUGGAUUGGAAUCUACCGUCUCGGAGCAUGUCGCUCUCAAUUGGUCACGAGGGUGGCUUCGAUGGGUCAUUGGAUGCCAUUGUACGAAGAAGAAUGGGAUGGAGAUACUCCUCUCGAAAGUCCCAGUAUUAAGAAAGGAGAUGGGGGUACGGUGAUUUUCCGUGGUGAUCAAUUACCUUGGCAACCGGGUCAAUAUGAGGUGAGGUAUCAUCAUGAUGGGAAACAUAAUGUCAUGGCUCGUGUAGCUCCUAUUGAGAUUUAUGUGGACCAUCCGGAAGAUACGACAUCUUUCAAAUCAGUCCAUACUACAUUACUCAACAUCGUUUCUUUAGCCCUUGAACAAGAUCCUAAACUCGUCCCUCGACGUGCUCGAGCGGCUUCUUGCGGUACCGUCCCCAAUUCCAUUCCCAACCUGACCACUGCGACUUCAUCUCAAAUCCCACUUUCUGUCCACAGUACUGAAAAUACAACGCAGACAUUCUCUACUGUCUCAGGAGAAGAGCAGACCAAGCACGUAGAAGAUGUCUGUUCGGCAUCAGAGUCAGUUGGGAUGGAAGAACAAGAUGGUGAUACGUCACCAGGCGCUCUAGAUCCGGAUGAUUUCGUGAUCAUGGAUGAGAAACAAGCCAAGAGGAUCGUAUCUCUGUGCGAGCUGGCUUUUGGGGUGGAAUUGAGUGUGGAUGUAGUCGUGGCCGAUGCCAAUGUGGGUGCGUUGGCCAGACGAGUAGUAGGAGCGAAGAGUUUGGUUUCCUAG